UUGUUCCCUUAUUUAUUCCACUUCCAUGUCAUUUUGUGUGGGAUGGGCUGUUGAUAAUCUUGAAUGAAAGGGCAUCAGAAUAAUGAAGAGCACCACACUGUCUGGAAGAUAUGUCAUUACUUAAAUAUGUCCUAAACUGUUUCUAAAUAAAGCAAGCCCACAGACUUAAUCUGCCUACCAGUUUCUUAUUGCGCAAUAGUCACACAAGACACAUUUUGACAUGUUUAUCCUCUCCAACAGCUUGAGCGUAGUUUUACUCUGACGUCUCAUCUGUUGGCAGCUCUUCAGAUAUAGUUGUGUGUGCUUGCAAGUUUCAGAGCUCAGAUUACUCUGCAGCUUCGGACCAGGAAACAGGGCAUAAACAUGAAGCAUGAAAAUGUUCUCGUGUGGAAAAUACUGCUGGUGGGAAUGUGUGUUCUGCUGCUCUUGGGCUUCGCAGGUUUAGUUUUCCUGCUGGUUCAGCACAAAGAGCUGGAAGAGGAGCUGGUCAGGCUGGAGUCCCAGGUGCAGGAGCUGUCACAGAGCUGCAGGCUGCAGGCACGAAUCCUGCCAGACCAUAUUGGAGAGACAGCAGAGCUGAAGAAGCUGCACCGCAGCAGACGAAACCAGGAGGGAGAUCCAACACAAAGCCAAGACAAGGACAUGCUGAUGCUGAUGACAUACUCCAUAGUUCCUGUCAAAGCCUUUUUUGAUCUGUGUAACAACUCCAGAGGAAUUUGUUUAACAGGUCCACCUGGACCUCCAGGUAUGCCCGGUAGACCUGGACCACGAGGUGCACCAGGUCCAGAGGGCAGACGUGGAAGAAGAGGUCCUCCUGGUCCACCCUGUCUGGCCUGUUGCUCCACGGAAGUGAGAAACAAGACUGGGAAAGAGCACAUUCAUCAAAGUGAAGCACGAUCAGAGCAUCCUGAUGGCACCAGAGAUGUUUUGAAUGUUACUGACACCAAGAAUCUUCUGGAAGCAAAUGUGGAAUCUGAGUCUGUGUUUUUUCAUCCAAAUUUGAGCCACGUCUCACUAAAAGACACCAAAGAGGAAAAUGUCACACAGGAACCACCUGAAUUAUCAACAGCCCCACCUACUAUGGUCUCAGGUGGCAUCAGCGAUGUCUUCACUGACAGUGGAAAUGUCACAAAUAGCACAAAGAUAAAUGAGUUGGUAUCACCUCAUCCAGUCUACAAACAUGACACCUGGACUGAAACCAGUUCAGAAAGUUCAGAAACAACAAUGCCAGUGUUACCAACACCAAAUCCAGCUCAUGAUGUCGGAGAUGUCUUUAACGUUAUAGACCAUACUGAGAAACUUUCACACACAUACUUUGAACCUGAUUCACCAAAACCACAUCCAGCUGACAACAGCAGCAAUGUGCUGAGCGUUACGGUCUCUGAAAAACUUCAUGACACAAAUCUGAACCCUGAACCAACACCAUUUAAUGAAAAUAACAGUUACACCUUAAUUGACUCAGAUUUCAUUACUGGAAACAUGACAGAAGGGCUGAUUAAAUCAUUACCAGUGUCAUCAGCACCACAUUCAGCUGAGAACACCAGAGAUGCUGUGAAUGAUUCUGACUCCAAGAAUCAUUUUCACCCAGAAACAGAAUCUGAAACAGAACAAGUUCAUGAUGAUGUCAGCCAUGGUACCUUGACCAUUUCAGUCUCUCCGAAUGUAACAGAAGGACCAGUAGGGUUAUUACUAGAUCUGUUAGAAGCAAACGAAAAAGGUGGUUCCUUCAAUGGCAGCAGAACCAUCAUUAAAAGUGAACCCCCAACACCAGCUGGAAACCCCAGAGAUGCUUUCACUGUCACUGACCUGAUGACUGAUGUAAACAGAAAAAACGAACCUGUAUUAUUGCAUCAGGAUGACAGCCAUGACACCAUGAAUGAUACCAAAAGAGAGAAUACAACUGAGGCACCAGCAACUUUAUUGACAACUUCAUCGUUUACAGAAGUGGGUCAAAGGAAAGACUCUUUAAAUAGCAGUGGAGAUAUUAUUGAUAAACCAAUGAAAAGUGAAUAUUCAUAUCCUUUUGAGACCUACAAUAAGAUCAAUGCAACCAGCACUGAGGAAUGGACAAAAACUGAGUGCAACAUUAAACGUAUUAAAUGUUCAGAAAAGUCCACCAAAAUGCAAGGAACCUUUGGAGCUUGGAUGCUGGAUGCAUCACAGCCAGAUAAUGGUCAAUUUUGGUUGGCUGAACAUUUUUCAGGUCGGGUUUUGAUGGAGUUCAGGAACAUUUCAGCCACCCAGGACCCAAUCCAACAGAGAAUAGACAUCAGGAGGUUCUACCAGGGGUGUGGUCAUGUUGUUUAUAAGGGAUCAUUUUACUUUCACAAUGGAGGAAAAAACAAACUUGUAAAGUUUGAUCUGAGCACGAGGAGAACAAGCAUUCUGAUCAUACCAAACACCAGAUAUCACAACCUGACUUAUCUCUUUCGCAACUCAAAGACAUAUUUUAAGUUUGCUGUGGAUGAAAAUGGACUGUGGGUCAUUUUUGCCUCAAACACAGAAGAUAACACCAUGGUCGCAAAGCUCAACCCCGACACCUUCACUGUGGAGGCCUUCAUCAACACUGCCUACCCAACAGCUAAAGCAGGGAAUGCUUUCAUUGUGUGUGGGGUGCUGUAUUUUACCGAUGUCAAAGACAGAAGAGUGACGUAUGCCUUUGAUUUAAGGACAGAAAGUCCUCUGGAUGCAAGUUAUGAUCUAAGGCCAGCGAACGGCGUGUUGGCUAUGUUGUCAUACUAUCCCAGCAAAAGGCUUUUGUAUAUGUGGGACAACAAAAGUGUUGAUACGUGUAAAGUUAAAUUCAAACAGACCUAAAUAAAAGAAAAUAAAUUUAACUGUAUAGAGAAAUAAAAGUCAAGUCUCCAUUCA